AUGCAAAAUACUAUUUCAACUAGUUUUACACACACACGGUCACUGAUAUAUACAUAUCUAUCUGCAUGUACACAUCUACAUCCACGUUCAAACCCAAGUCGAAGCAUUUACAGUUUUUUAAAGAAUAAUAAAAAAUUAUACAGCACAAGUAAUAAUAGUAGUAGCAACAGUAAUAAUAGUAACGUUGACACCGAUACCACUGUCAUAGCAUCGAAUCAAUUUUCCUAUUUCAAAGAACAACCACGAAUCAAUCCUGUAGGUAUCCAAUAUUUAAGUAAGUCUCUACACAAACAGUUAUUUGGCAACAACACUCCUCACAACAACAACAGCAACAAUGACCUCACAAGAGAUGAAAAUAAUAAACUAUUAAAAUUGGCUAAACUCUCUUUGCAAAACCAUGAUCUGUUGAACAAAAGAACUUUGAUCACAGAACCAAUAUCUUUCAUCCUCCCUCCAUUGCAAGGCCAUUCACUAGACGAACACUUCCAGAAACUGGGCCAUUUCAUGUCUCAUCCAUACCUAUCAAUGGCUCUAAAUAAAUUCAAAUCCUUACCCCCAAUCCCUGCAAAAUGGCUCUUUCAACCUGGUUGGACCAGGUACCCAAUAGAUCCCAGUGAUUCUAUCCAGUCUGUUCCUUACCCACUGGAAAAUACCUUGGUUUUUGACACAGAAACCAUGUAUAAUGUGUCUCACUACCCUAUAAUGGCUACUGCCGUAUCUUCCAAAGCAUGGUACUCCUGGUGUUCGCCUUAUCUAUGUUCUUCUGAUUCUUCCUUUUCCUAUAAACAUUUGAUCCCUUUAAACUCAAUGAAUAGAGACAUGCUCAUUAUUGGACAUAACGUCGCCUUCGAUAGAUCCAAAGUCUUGGAAGAAUAUAACUUCACUGCUCCAAGAGCUUAUUAUAUGGAUACAAGAUCCCUACAUAUUGCCAUCACUGGGUUAAGUUCAAGACAAAGACCUAUUUAUAAAAAAAAUGAAAAAUUGAAAAAGUUGAAAAGAAAUCUAAAAUUAAGAGACUCACUUUCUUCUUCCUCUUCCUCUUCUUCUUAUACUGAUUUGGAACAAAGUUUGAUGUAUGAAUUGGAAGACAACCCAUGGAUCAGCGUUUCCAGUUUAAACUCGUUAAGUGACGUAGCAUACCACUAUUGUAACAUUGAAAUGGAUAAGACAAACAGAGACUAUUUUUCCACAACUGAUAAAUCUUCGAUAACCGAAAAUUUCCAAGAACUCAUGACUUACUGUGCAACCGACGUCAUCGCCACAUCCAAAGUGUUCGAUGCGGUCUUCCCCAUGUUUUUAGAGAAAUGUCCUCACCCAGUCUCCUUUGGUGCUCUAAAGGACUUGAACAACUGUAUCUUGCCAUUGGACCACACCAGAUGGCAGAGUUAUACUAACUCUGCAGAGACACUAUACCAAAAAUCAAAGAUAGAGAUCGAGCAAAAAAUCAUCCAAAUCAUCGAAGAUAUAGUUAAGCUGAAAGACUUACCCGACCAACAAUUCAUAGAAACUAUCCAAAACGACCCUUGGCUUUCUCAAUUGGAUUGGACAAUAAAACCAACCAAAUUGACAAAAAGGGGUGUGCCUUAUAAGAACCAAAAAAAGCCAGGGUAUCCUGAAUGGUACAGAUCAUUAUUCCAUAACAAUACUACUACUGUGCCCAACAUCACAAUAAAGACAAGAAUCAUCCCUAUCCUAUUUAAAUUGUCAUGGGAGGGGUUCCCAGUGAUAUGGACUACUGGUUCAGGUUGGUGUUUCCCUAUACCAAACUAUCUAUACGAUAGAUUUGUUCAAAAAAAUUAUGUAAUGGCAGAUGAACAAUCACAGAAACUAUAUCAGAACCAAAGGAUGUCAAGUUUAAAUAAUAACAAUAAUAACAUUAAUAACAGCAAUAAUGAUUACAGCAACGAUAUUACGAUACUAAUGAAAAUACCUAAUCCCAGAGACAGAAAUCUUCGAUCCACAACUUUACUAGGGAAAGGUUAUAUUCAUUUUUUUGAGAAAGGUAUCUUGACCUCUAAAUCCAAAUUGGCCUUAGAGGCACUGAAUUUGAAUUCUUCAGGUUCUUAUUGGAUGUCAUCAAGAGAGAGAAUCUUUGAUCAACACGUUGUCUGUAAAAAAGAUUUUGAUAAUCAAUUUAAUUUCCAAGACUCUAAGAAUCACAAUAACAAUAAUACAAAUAUUAAUAACAAUAUCAAUAAUAAUAAUAAUUUAGCUGUUAUAUUACCACAAUUGGCUCCAAUGGGUACUGUAACAAGAAGGGCUGUAGAGAAAACUUGGUUAACUGCAUCUAAUGCUAAAAAGAAUAGAAUCGGAUCAGAAUUAAAGACUCAAGUAAUUGCACCGGAUGGUUAUUGUUUUGUUGGUGCAGAUGUGGAUAGCGAGGAGUUAUGGAUAGCGUCUUUAGUCGGCGACUCGGUGUUUAAUAUUCAUGGAGGCACUCCUAUUGGGUGGAUGUGUCUAGAGGGUACUAAAGCUGAAGGUACCGACUUACAUAGUAAAACUGCCUCUCUUCUUGGAUGUUCACGUAAUGAAGCAAAAAUAUUCAAUUAUGGUAGAAUCUAUGGAGCUGGCGUGAAAUUUGCAGGUGAAUUAUUAAGACAAUUUAAUCCCGCUCUCACGGAAAAUGAGGCCAAACAAACCGCACUCAAAUUAUAUGAAAACACAAAGGGUAAGAUUAAAAGAUCCAAAAUGUUUAAGAAAUAUUGGUAUGGAGGUUCUGAAUCAAUCCUUUUCAAUAAAUUGGAAGCCAUCGCAGAACAAGAAAACCCUAUGACACCUACACUAGGUUGUGGUAUCACUUCCACCUUAUUAAAAAAAAACUUACAAACGUCCUCAUUUCUCCCAUCACGAAUCAACUGGGCUAUUCAAUCAUCAGGCGUUGACUAUUUACAUCUUUUAUUAUGUUCAAUGAAUUAUCUGAUUGCCAAGUAUAACCUUAAUGCAAGAUUAUGUAUCACCAUCCAUGAUGAAAUUAGAUACUUGGCAUCCGAGAAGGAUAAAUACAGGGUAGCUAUGGCCUUACAAGUCAGUAAUAUUUGGACAAGAGCCAUGUUUUGUGAACAGAUGGGAAUCAAUGAUUUGCCACAAAAUUGUGCAUUCUUUUCUGCCAUCGAUAUUGAUAAAGUAUUAAGGAAGGAAGUUGAUAUGGAUUGUAUUACACCAUCUAAUCCAAUGGCAAUCCCACCAGGCGAAUCCUUAAAUAUUUUGCAACUCCUAGACAAACCAGAGGCCCAACUGUUAACGUCUGAUGAGAAUAAACUUAUUGAUGUUUCAGGUUUUGAUUUCACUCCAAGGGAACCUGUUUUUGCUCAAUAUAAUAGGGCGUAUUCUAAAGAUUUCUUGGAAUAUUUCUUAAAAAUGCAACUCCAGCGUGAUUCAAAACAAAUUAAUAAAUUGGAAAAUGAAUAUAUUAAAAAGACUACUGAAAGACAGUUUUCUAGGAACAAGGAAUGUAAAGAAUACAGUUUAAAGGAUUAUUUAAAAGAUAUUCAAUCGGGCAAAAAACAAAAAUUACCUAUUAUGUUACCUGAUGGGAUUCCUUCAUCUGAGGAUUUCGUAAAACAACAUAGUAUAGCCCAAAAAAUAGAUUCAAGUAUUACUAAUAUACGUAAAGAAAUCAGCAUAAAGGGGUUUGAUCACAUAAAAAGUUGUAACAAAAGGAACUAUUCAAUUAACAAUACACCCACACAGCCUUCUACAUAUUAUGUUGACUUGCAUCAACGUAUUAUAAAUCAGUAG